AUGGCGUCUCCGCCAAUCCUGGACUGGCAGUUAGAUGAAGACAGGUUCGUGGCGCUUCUAGAAAAGCUGAUUAACGAGGCGCGAUACCUUCAGAACAACCCCCCCGAGUGCGUGCCUAAGGAGGACCGCGCAGUGCGACACGUGCUCGACGUGCUUCAGCCCUACAGUGAGGAGGAAGGGGGCCCGCUGCACAUACAGCAUGUGAGCUACGUGGAGGGGCGGGGCAACCUCAUCAUCACGUACAAGGGCUCUCACCCCUCUAAGGUCCUCUCCUUCGUGGGCUGUCACAUGGAUGUCGUCACUGCCAACCCCGAUGACUGGGACUUUGACCCCUUUACUUUCUCUCGGGAUGGGGACAAAUUGAGAGGCAGGGGCACCACGGACUGCCUGGGACACGUGGCGCUCGUCACGGAGCUCAUGCGCCAGCUGGCGGUCUCCCGCCCGGAGCUGGGCGCGACAGUGGUGGCGGUGCUGAUAGCCAACGAGGAGAACGCGACGGUGAAGGACAUUGGAGUGGACGGUUUGGUCAAGGCAGGCUUGCUGGAUCACCUCAAGGACGGCCCUCUCUUCUGGGUGGACACAGCAGACAAGCAGCCGUGCAUCGGCACGGGGGGCAUGCUGGCAUGGAAGCUCAAGGCGUUCGGGAAGCUCUUUCACUCGGGCCUGCCUCACAAGGCCAUCAACCCCAUAGAGCUCGCCAUGACAGCACUGGCGGAGAUUCAGUCCCGCUUCUAUCGGGACUUCCCUCCUCACGAGAUGGAGAAGACGUAUGGGUUCGCCACCCCAUCCACCAUGAAGCCCACUCAGUGGUCAUAUCCGGGCGGCAGUGUAAAUCAAAUCCCGGGAGAGUGCACGGUGGCAGGGGACUGCAGGAUAACGCCAUUUUAUGAUGUGGAUGAGGUGGCGACAAAGCUGAGGGAGUACGUGGCAGACAUAAACGCCAACCUGGCCACGCUCUCAGGCCCCGGGCCGUGCUCAAAAUUCGUUCUGCCUGAAGAAAAUUUGCAGGGCAGGCUUGAGCUGGAGAUAGCAGAGGCGCCUAUGAAGGGAGUGGCGUGCAACCUGGACUCGCCUGGUUACCACGCGCUGGUAACCGCCACGAAGGAGGUGAUGGGCGAGUGCAAGCCGUACUCCAUCACGGGAUCCCUGCCGUUGAUUCGCGAUCUGCAGGAGGCAGGAUUCGAUGUGCAGACCAUGGGAUAUGGUGUUAUGGCCACUUAUCAUGCGCGAAACGAGUAUGCGCUGCUAUCUGACUUCAAGCUUGGGUACCGCAGCUACGAUGGAACCAUGCUCGCAUUCCUUGUGCGAGGCGAAGUCGUCUACACCCUCGGCGGCCACGAAGCACUGGACAAAGUCCGCGCUUAUAAGUUUCUGGAGCAGCUCCAUUCUAUCCACGUUCUGGCAGCAACCAAGGACGGGGAAUCCUGUACCGACCUGCUCACCUCCCCGUACAAUCACGCCCUUCAUAAGCUCAGCUCGCAUAUAGGCGGGCUCAUAGCUAGUGUGCGCGGAAAAAUACCCCCACGUGAGCCCCUGACUGUCUACCCGGAUGCUCCCAAGGCCUACCUGACCUGCCGCUCCAAAGACGAGCUUCUGGCCAAGUCCCCCUUGCACCCACGAGCCACUGCUACAGCCACUGGUACUGCCACGCCUUCUGUUUCUGCCGCCGCUGCAGCUGCUACAACCAAGGCCGCGCCCUCUGUCACAUCUGUGACAGCUGAAUCGAGCUUGUUUACCGCGGUUGAUUCUAUGGAUUCACCGGAAGGCAGGAGGGCGAGUGGAGGGAGGUCCAGGUUACAGCUGGUGUUGGCGGAUCUAAGUGGUGGUGACGGGGAAGAAGAGGGGGGCAUGGGGCUGGGCGUUGAGAGGAGCAUGGGGUUAGGUCUAGAGAGUGAGGACAGCGCUGUGAAGGUGGAGGUAGCUGAUAGCAGCAGCGGUUGCGAUGAAGAUGAGGAGGAGGAUGAGGAGGAGGGUGAGGAGGAAGAGGAGGAUUUUGUGUGGAAUCCCAAGCAGCAACAGCAACAGCAACGGGGACCUAGCACUGCGUUGACCCGAGGGCGCAUAGGAAAGUCGCUUUCUCAGGACUACACGAUGCAGGUUUUCCCGAGGGAGGAGGUUUCAAGUGGGCAGGGGCAGAGGGCGCCUGGCGGUUCAAGGGGCGUGAGUGGAGGUGUGUCACACUCGCCGCUUGGUGAGGGAAGAAGGUUUGGUGAUGCUCCUUCCAGCCAGGCAUGGGAUUCGGAGGUUGCGAGCAGGUUAGCAGCUGUGGGGGCUCGUGUUCUGGCAGGGGGUGGGAGAGGAGUAGGGGGAGGAGGGGUUGGGGGAGGAGCGGCAGGGGGAGGAGUGGUCAAGGGAGGAGGAGGAGCAGGAGUAAGGGCGGGCUUAGUAGGGGCAGGGUUAGUAAGUGCAGAAGCAGGGUUCUCGAGGGGCGGUUCGGGGGACGAUCUGUUUGACGAUAUCUCAGAAGGCGACGAGGACGACUCCGAUGCGUUUGAGUGGCGCCCGUCUCGUCGCCGCACUCGCAUGCUGCGUGGCGUGGCCCGUUCCACGUCAGCAGUGACUUCUCCCACGUCAGCAAUGGGCUGGACAGGCUGGCGAGAUCCGAGUCAGCAGCAGCGGCAGCAGCAGCAGCAGACGGUGCAGGCUCAGACACAUAAGACCCGCCAGAAGCACUCCCGGGGCGAGGGAUCUAAGGAGAGGCCGCACUCAGCAGGGGCAGGUAGAGAGAGCUAUGGGGCGAGAGGUUCGGCAGAACUAUCUUGGUCACCACCUGGUGGUGGGUCUAAUUGGGCUGUAGACGGGUCUAGCAGCGGCCGAGGUGAUGGCUUGGCCGAUGGUUACACCGAUACCACCAGUGGUUACGCAGACGGCACAGGCGGUUACCACCACGCACACGAACCCUCCGUCUUCUCCCCUGUAGCAGAGGACGAGGGCCAGGAGCAUCUCUCCUCCUCCACACUCUCCUCCUCCGCGUCCUCCUCUGCAGCCUCCCUCUUUCUCCGCUCGAUGAGCUCUGGUAGGGCCGAGGACUUGUUACUCCAGCAGUUUCACCGCCAUCUCUCCCCUGAGGUUCGCCCUGGCACUGCCGGUGGUGUCUGGGGCAGCAGAAAUCGCCACACAGGCGACGAUUCGGGCCGCGGAAAUCGGAGCUCCGGGGAUUGGGGUGGCAGUAAUGGUGGGAGCGGAUUCACAGGGAAGGGAAAGGAUGGGGUGGAGGGACGAGUGGGAGGUGGGCGCAGAGAGGAGUUGGGGCGAGGAGGGGGUGGUGCGAUAGGGGGCGCAGAAGCAGCAGCAGCAGGGCUACGAGGGGCUUUUGUGACUGGGAGAGCACGCAGCAGCAGCUUCAGUGGCGCUGCUGGCGGGUUUGCGGGCAAAGGAGGAGGCGGAUGGGGCGGGGAAGACGACGAGGGAAGCACACCUGGGGGAGGUACACCUGCGGGAGGAACACCCAGGGGAGGCGGAUAUGGCAGUGGGACGAGCAGCGGCGCAGAAAGCACUGGGUCUCUGAUAGAAAGAGGUGGCGGUGGUGCCAGUAGUGGAAGAAGGAGAAGUGGGGGUAUGGGGAGCGGGGAUGGGGGGGAGGGCAGUGGGGGGCCAAGGCUGACAGAGGCUCAGAAGCAGCGGUGGCAGGAGUAUCAGCAGCUGCUGCCGCCGCUGACGCUGCCGCCUGUGCUGGAACGCAGGCUGAAAAUGCAGGAGGCGGUUCUGAAGAGGCAGGAGGCGUUGCUGCUGGAAGAGCUGCAGCAGCAGAAGGCACUGCAGGAGCAGAAGAGAGCUGAGGAGCAGCGGAAGCAGGUGGAGGAGGAAACUCAGCAGCAGCAACAGCAGCAGAAGCAGCAGCAGCAGAUGGAAGAGCACGAGGUUAGAGGGAAGCAAGAAGCGGAUCUUGUUCCGCAGCAGAAAGAGGUGGGGGAUACCCUGUCGGAGGCGCAGCAGAAACAAGGAGAACCACAAGUAAAGGGACAACCGAAUUUGCCAGGGCAGCAACAGGAAAAGCGCGAGAAGCAGCAGCUACAGCUGCCACUACAGCAGCCGCUGCAGCCCCAUCCGCCCCAGAAACCAAGGCUGGAGCCACAACCCCCCCAGCAGCCCAGGAAGGAUCGUGACCGUCCGUUUGUGCGGCAGCGGAUCUGCCACUCGGACGAGUUCAUCCGGCUGCCAGCUGGCAUGACCGCCCGCGGAGGUGGCAGCCUCGUUGGCUUGUCCACGCGGGCGCACUGCCUGGCUGCUGCUGCCACGUCAGCAGAGUCACCAGCGGGCGGCAGACUGAGCAUGGGAGACGGAGAAGGAGGAGGAGGAGGGGAAGGCGACGGGUCAGGAGGAGGGGGGCGAGUGGGAGGAGGAGGAGGGGACAAUGGAGGAUGGGGCAGAGGAAGGGGAGGAGGGGAAAAUGGAGGAGGGGGACGAGUGGGAGGAGGGGGAGGAAGAGGCAGGGGACGAGGGGGGGGAUGGUCAAGGGAGAUCCCUUUAUCUCUGUCCGUAUCAGGCAUUCCCACACCAGGGCUAGAUGCACAGUCAGACGCAAUGACAGAUGUUGUGACGCCCUUACAGUCUCCCAUCUGCACGCCCCCUCCGUAUGCCCGCUCUCUUGUGUACGGUCGUUCUCCCCGCACGGCAUUUGACCGCUAUCGCAUCCGCAGCCUGGGAGCCAUUCCCCCGGGGGGCCUUGUGGCUGGGUCCAUCGUCGUGCGGCCGACCAGCAGCAGCGUUUCAACUGCAAGCCCCUCGUCGUCUGCUGCUGCUCACCAGCAGUCUACGAGUCUCUUGACGCAAGAAGGAGCUGAUUUCGCCGCUGCAGCAGGAGCAGCAGCAGAAACAGCAGAAGAACCAGCAGCAGCCGCAGGUGCAGGUGCAGGUGCAUGUGAUGGUGGUGAGCGCACGGGUGCGCGGCUUUCUGUCUCUGACUGGGUCCGCUCCUCUUCCACCUCCUCAUCAACUCCUGUCAAAGCAUCUGGUGCUGAAGCAGCAGCAGCAGGAGGGGCAGCAGAAGGGGCGGCGGGAGUUCCAGGUGUCAUCUCAGGUGGGGACUCAGAUGACAGUAUGGGCGGGGGUGCAGGGUGGUUGGAAGGGAAGGAACGAGGCAGCAGCCUGUUCUUCUCUGUUCCCGCUGCCCCGAAUUCCCGUACAGCUACAGGUGUAGCGGCAGGUGGGGCAGGUGGGGCAGCAGGGAGAGGUGGGGACAGAAGCCCCUCUGCAGCCAAUGCUAAUGCUGCUCGUGCUGCUUCUACUGCUGCCUCUCCAGGUCCAAAGCUUGUGCUUGAUUCAGCAGCAGGCUCUUUUAAGCCCCUUCCCAGGCACAUAUCAACCCCAUCACCACCACCGUCGCCACCACCAUCUGGCACAGCAGCAUUAGCAGGGUUAUCACCUGGAAGGUCCCUCCACCAUUCCCCAAGGUCACCUACCCCAGUUAUCACCUACCCCGAUUUCACCGAGCUCACUCUCGACCUAUCAGAGACCAUCCCCCUCACCCCCUCCCGCUCUGCCAAGGGAUUCUCGCUGCCCGCCUCGCCUGCUGCUGUCGCCUUUGCUGCUGCCGUGGCUGAAGUCGACGCGUCCGGAUUCGCUGUACCGGAGCAGAUGCUACGAGCAGAGAAGGGGGGGAAUGAGCUGGGGUCGGAGAAGGGUGGAACAGGGGGGUCGCUUGCGUCGUGGCGCUCGGGGAGUGGCGCUAGCAGCGGGAGCGUCAGCCGGGGCAAGGCAACGAAGAAGGAGCUUCCUACAUGCUGUGUUAUCAGUUAA